ACAAUAUGGCGGCGUCCUAAGACAUGCAGCCGUAAAGUUAGCCCGUUAUUUAUUUCUGCGACGUAUGAAAUUAAAUCUUUGUCUGGUUAUUGUAAUACAUUUAUUUACAAGACUGUGUUGAUGGAGAGACUACACGAGAUGCUGUUUUCAUCGGUGUUGUCGGGUUUGGUGUGUUCUGCAGUCGGCGCUGAGAUGUCAGGUGUUUUGAACGACGUGUGGGAUUACACUGAGAGUUACCUGCAGGCUCUGUGGCAGAACCGGUUAUAUGUGUACACGACAGCUGCUGUUCUCAUAGGAGUCUGGUUUACUGUGAACAUGCUUUUCAAAAAGAAAAAAAUGGUCCACCCUGUAAAUCCUCCGGCAAGUAAAUCUGUGAAGAAGCAGGAACCAGCACCUGAAACCAAAAAAGUCAUCCAUGUUUCUGGGGUCAAAAUCUUCUAUGGAUCACAGACAGGAACAGCAAAGGGGUUUGCAAAAGAACUUGCUGAAGACGUCAUUGCUCAGGGGAUCCAGUGUGAGGUUAUUGAUAUGAAAGAUUUUGACCCGGAAGACAGAUUGGCAGAGGAGUGCACAUCCAAGAUAAUCUGUGUGUUUCUGGUGGCCACAUACACUGAUGGACUGCCCACCGAGAGCGCUGAAUGGUUCUGCAAAUGGCUCGAGGAAGCAUCCACUGACUUCCGAUAUGGGAAAACCUACUUGAAGGGAAUGAGAUACGCCGUCUUUGGUCUUGGAAACUCAGUUUACGUUGGCCAUUACAACACAGUCAGUAAGAGCAUAGAUAAGUGGCUGUGGAUGCUGAGUGCCGCUCGGAUCAUGACCAGAGGAGAGGGCGACUGUAAUGUGGUGAAGAGCCGUCAUGGCAGCGUGCAGGCUGACUUCCAGGCCUGGAAAGGGAAGUUCUUGAACCGACUGCAGGCCCUGGUCAAGGGUGAGAAGAAAGCCUGCUCUGGCAACUGCAAGAAGGCCAGCUGCAAGAAUAAGAAGAAACAUAAGGAGGAGGCAGAGGACAAUCACUCGCUCGCUGAGAAGAACAACUCUGAGGAGGAGCUGAUAGAGUCCAGCAGUGAUGCGGAGUCCUCUUCUGAAGAGGAGAAGUCUCAUGGCUCUGUCAUCGAUAUGGAGGACCUCGGAAAUGUUAUGAAUCACAUGAAGAAAGUCAAGCAGAGAAUGGAGGCAGAUGAAGAGGACUCCCAGAGGGUGAAGCGGAAUGGAGAGAGUAAGAGCGAGUGUGAGGAGCGCAGAGAGAUGAUCACUCCGGCCUUGAGAGACUCGCUGACUAAACAAGGGUACAAACUAAUAGGGAGUCACUCUGGGGUGAAGCUGUGUCGUUGGACUAAGUCAAUGCUGAGAGGGAGAGGAGGCUGCUAUAAACACACCUUCUAUGGGAUUGAAUCGCACCGAUGUAUGGAGACCACGCCGAGUCUGGCCUGCGCUAACAAAUGUGUUUUCUGCUGGAGACACCACACCAACCCAGUGGGUACUGAGUGGCGCUGGAAAAUGGACCCGGCCGAGAAGAUUAUUGAAGAGGCCAUGGAGAACCACAGGAACAUGAUUCGCCAGUUCAGAGGUGUUCCAGGUGUUCGUCCUGAGCGUUUUGAAGAGGGCCUCACCGUGAAGCACUGUGCUCUGUCUCUGGUGGGUGAACCCAUCAUGUAUCCUGAGAUCAACUCCUUCCUUAAACUACUCCACCAGCAGAACAUAUCCAGCUUUCUGGUCACCAACGCCCAGUUUCCUGAAGAGAUCAGGAAUCUUGUGCCUGUUACUCAACUUUAUGUCAGUGUUGAUGCCAGCACCAAGGACAGUCUGAAGAAAAUUGACCGUCCCCUCUUCAAAGACUUCUGGCAGCGCUUCUUGGACAGUCUCAGAGCUCUCGGUGAAAAGCAACAGCGUACGGUCUACAGACUGACCCUGGUGAAAGCCUGGAAUGUGGAUGAGCUGAAGGCCUACGCGGAUCUCAUCGCCCUUGGCCAGCCAGAUUUCAUCGAGGUCAAGGGAGUGACGUAUUGUGGCGAGAGCUCAGCCAGUAGCCUGACCAUGGCCAAUGUACCCUGGCACGAGGAGGUCAUCUACUUCGUGCAGCAACUAGCCAACCUGCUGCCAGACUAUGAAAUUGCCUGCGAACACGAGCAUUCUAACUGUCUGUUACUGGCAAACCACAAGUUCAAAGUUGAUGGGGAGUGGUGGACGUGGAUUGACUAUGAGCGCUUUCAGGAGCUCAUUCAGCAAUACGAGGAGAGCGGAGGCACCAAGAACUUCUCAGCAAUGGACUAUAUGGCGAAGACCCCAAGCUGGGCCAUUUUUGGGGCCGGAGAAAGGGGUUUUGACCCCACAGACACACGCUUCCAGAGAAAGAACAAGACCAAAGAUAUAUCAGGGUGUUGACAAUACCAUUGCCUUCCUAGUUUAUGUCUGUAUAGGAAUGUGUAUUUUUAAUGUUCGGGAUAGAUCAACUAAUUGACGGUGUCCACAAUUGAGAUUUAUGUUUUAAUUAUUUUAUCCAAAGUUUGCUUUUGUGCUCUGAUACUUGCCUUAGGGAUGAAAUUCAUGUAUAUGUUAAAGUACACUCUUGCAGAUGCUCUUUUUCAUGUCAUUUUAAUGAAUGUUAACUUUUGUUUUUGGUUGUGGCCAUGGUAAUAAACAAUUUCCAAGUCCUGUUCACUUUGAGCUCUUGAUCUAAUAGCUCUGGUAACAGGACGGCAGACCCAAGGAACUUGAAUUUAAGACCUCAUUUACUCAUAUCACCUUAGGGCCUAAAUUUAGAGAGCACAAGAGGAAAGAACCACAAAAGAAAAAUAUCACUGUAGUUACCUCCGUUAAUAACAUGUCACCUCAAACUGUGAUUUGUACAUUCUUGUAGACAUUUAGAGGGCAGUUGAGUCAGCUGGGACCUUGAAUGGAACGAUUCACACAGGUCAGCCCGUGAAGUAGCUGAAAGCAGUUAGGAAUCAGAACUGCACCAUAAAUAUAACAGUAACAACCACUCAAGAAUAUUCAAUAUAAAAUUACAGUUUACAUCUCUGUUUAGUAUUUUCAGUCCUAUAAAUGUAGGACAGUGUUUCUCAACCAUCUUCCAGGACCACCAGCUCUGCACAUUUUCCACGUGUCCUUAAACAAACACACCUGAUUUAAAUCAUCAAUCAUUAGCAGAGACUGAAAGACCUAAAAUGGGUGUGACAUGCAGUGCUGGUGGUCCUCCAGGAACAUGGUUGAGAACCAUGGAUCUGUGGUUUUUGUCCAGAACUUUGAUAAAUCAAACAUCACUACAAUAUUCUUUACCCUUGUUUUUUCUUGAGAAAUAUUAUGGAGAAUGUGGCUGUUCUACUUUGUUGCGUUACGAUAUUGUGAAUGCAUCCAAAAUGUGUCUACAAAGCGCAUUGUUAUCAUGUUAUUAAUGUGCACACAGGUGUGUUGCUAUUCAAAAAUGUUUUUGUUGCUUGUCGCCUUAUUAUUAAAGCUAUUUUUCUGCUGUUCUA